AGCAGCAUGGCGGCGGCAGGGGCGGCGGCAUCCCUGGUGCAGUACGUGGUCUUGCGGGGGGAUCUAGCCCGGCCGCCGCUGUCGUGGCCCCUGGGCGCAGUAGUGGCACAGGGCUGUCAUGCCGCCCUGGCCGCCGCACAUGCGCACCGCCAGCACCCCGACACCCAAGCCUACCUGGAGAUGGGCGGCGCCAUGCGUACCGUCGUGCUGGAGGCUCCAGAUGAAGCUGCCCUGACGGUGCUGGCAGAGACCCUGAAGCAGCACAGCAUUGACCAUGAGGUGUGGACUGAGCAGCCUGAUAACAUGACCACUUGCCUGGCACUCAGGCCCUACCCAAAGGAACAAGUGCACCAGCACCUGAAGAAAUUGAAGUUGCUCAAGUGACCAGGAACGGGACUGGGCAACCUUCUGCUCCUGGGCCAGAGCUGAGCUCAGGUCCGUGGUGGAAAGCUGCUGUGUGUCAGGCACACUGUGCUAAUGCUGAGAGCAGCAGAUGGUUGGCUCCUUCUGUGUAGCAGCUCUUUGCUGGGCAGGAUUAAAUGUUACU